AUGGGCAACUCAUCUGCAUCUGUGUCCUCUUCUAAGGUCCCACAGCACAAUCGACGGACGCGCUUUGUCUGUAUAUCAGACACGCACAAUUGCACAGUGAAACUCCCAAAAGGCGAUGUGCUUAUCCAUUGCGGAGACCUGACGAACCAGGGAAGUUUCGGUGAGCUAUCGAAGCAAGUGGCGUGGCUUGAGAGAGCCGACUUUGAAUGCAAGCUGGUUAUUGCUGGGAAUCAUGACAUUACACUCGAUACCAAUUUCUUCGAGCAGUACGGAAACUAUUUUCAUAAUAACAAUCCCCAGAAUCUUACUGACUGUCACAACUUAUUAACAAAAUCAAACUCGCUCAUCUAUCUCGAGCAUUCGAGUCACACCGUCAAACUCACCUCCCCGUCCGGGCCACGGACCACCUUCAAUGCAUUUGGUUCUCCCUAUAUUCCUGACUGUGGGAUGUGGGCCUUUCAAUAUUCGCGGAGGGAUCCUGCAAUUGCUGAGAAUAUAUGGAGUGAUAUUCCACUCGACACCGAUAUACUCAUUACUCACGGACCAGCGCGUACACACAGGGACGAGUCUCGUAGAGAAGCGCUAGGUUGCGAGAGUCUACGACAAGCUUUAUGGCGAGUACGACCGCGUAUUGCGCUCUGCGGGCAUAUUCACCAAGCUCGGGGUGUAGAGCGUGUUCGUUGGGAUCUGUCAAACAAGUUUGUGCGGUAUAAAGAGUUGGAAAGUAAUUAUCAGUGGGAGGACCCCGGCGUGGGGAACGAGAAGAACUGCCUGGUCGAUCUCACCGGUAAGGGUGGUAUGCCCUUAGAUAAUGAUGGUAGCAAGGUUUCGCUAUCAUCAAUACCAACAGCGUAUACAGCUGACGAGUCUGCAAAACAAAAUACGACAGGAAUCGCAGCGAAUAUGGAAGCCGUGCUGACAGAAGGAGCGAAACCCGGCAUCGGGACCCGUGGUCUUAGUGGAAACCCGGCAUCCGCUCGGAGUGAUGGACCAGCGCUAGCCGGGCGUCUCGGGCGCAAGGAGACAUGCAUUGUAAACUGCGCCCUCCAACAAGCCAGCUACCCUCAUUCCGGGCCACGGAUGCUACACAAGCCUAUUGUGAUUGACAUCGACCUCCCUGUCUGGGGCGAUGAUUCCUGA